CCUCCUGUAGAGGGACAGGCCCGAGGGCACACUGUGCGGAUCUCGGGCGCCCGGCUGUUCCACCGCAGCCCCGUCGUGGAGAUGGCGGCGCACGCCUCGCCCAGCGGGACGAGGCCGCAGUGGGGCCCGUCCUCCGCGCCGGGGACCUGCAGCACGUGCUCUCCGCGGUCCAGCAGGAAGAGGAAGGACUCGUCCCCGAUCACUGCGAUCUCGAGCCCAUCACCUGUGCUGGUACAGCGUGUUGGCGAUCCCGAACGUGUGGUCCAGGCGGCCCUGGAAUCCCGCGGGCUGACCCGCUACGACCAGACGGGAGCACUUCAUGGCGACCGCCGCGGCGAUCGCCUUGUCCAGGUCGGUCGAGUCCUGGUCCUCGUGCAAGUCCCGGACCUCCACGCCCCUCGCCUCGAAGGCCCGCAGCACAUCCGGCGCGGCCGAGUCCAGGUCGCCGACGAUGAGGUCUGGGGACAGGUCGGGGCAGUUGCGGCUGAGGUCUUGGCGGCGCCGUCGGCGCAGAUGCGCACGCCCACGGCCGCCCACAGGGCCCGCACCCGCGCCUCCCGGAGGGGGCGUGUUGAGCAGCACCAGGGCGGCGCCCGGCAGGGCCCCCGCGGGCGCGCCGCCCCCCGCCACGAGCGGGGCGACCCACGCCCAGUCCACGGCCGCGGCGCCGGCCGCCAUUGGCAAGAAGGCCGCGGGGGGCGGGCGGCCGCGCCCCGGGCCCGAGGACCGACGGACGACGACGAGGACGAGGACGGACGACGACGAGGACGACGGACGACGACGACGAGGACGAGGACCGACGAAGACGAGGACCGACGAGGACGACGACGACCGACAAGGACGAGGACCGACGAGGACGAGGACGAGGACCGACGACGACGAAGACCGACGACGAAGACCGACGACGACGACGACGGACGACGACGACGACGACAACCGAUGAGGCCGAGGACGAGGAGGACGAGGACGAGGACGGCGACGACGACCGACGAGGACGAGGACGACGAGGACGACGACAACCGACGAGGACGAGCACGAGAACGAGGUGUGGGGUAGCCCCGCCCUGAGUCUCGGGGCCGUGGGCCACGGAGCCCCUCCCGUGCCCUGCAGCGGGACGCACGGAGACCUGCCAACGACAGAUGUCCUCCUUGGAGGCGCACGUCCGACCC